AUGCGUAUUCUCCCACGGCUGCAGGACGCGCGCAAAAGCCCACUCUGCAUCCCUGAGAUGCGGCCCAAUCCUAGGAAUGCCAAGAACGCCCGCGCCGCGCUGGUGCCUGCGCAGGCGCAGACGGGAAGCGGGCUGGACCGGCCUAGGGUGCUAUCCAGGGAACUCCUCAAAGGCAGUGACGUUGCAAUCCGGAAUCCACAUGUAACCCGCCUCCUCUGUCCCCUCCCGCAAUGCCCACCGUGUACCUCCUGCCACGCUGCACGCGCCGCCCUCCGCCGUCCGUGCUCCGGCCAAGCGCUGUGCGGUGCCUGCUUCUGCUCAGCCUUUGAGGCCGAGGUGCUGCACACGGUGCUCGCGGGUCGCCUGCUGCCUCCCGGCGCGGUGGUGGCCGUGGGCGCCUCGGGCGGCAAGGACUCCACGGUGCUGGCGCACGUGCUGCGCGCGCUGGUGCCGCGCCUGGGCAUCUCACUGCAGCUCGUGGCAGUCGACGAGGGCAUCGGCGGCUACCGGGACGCGGCGCUGGCGGCCGUGCGUCGCCAGGCGGCGCGCUGGGAGCUGCCGCUCACCAUCUUGGCCUACGAAGAUCUCUUCAGGGGCCUGACGGACGCCGUGGCCCGCAGAACAGCAGGCUCCGACCGCAGCCGCUACUGCUGCACCUUCCGUGGGGAGCGGCAAGCGGCGCGCCGCGCGGGAGCCACUAACAUCGCGAUCAGUCACAACGCAGACGACAUGGCGGAGACCGUGCUCAUGAACUUCCUGCGGGGCGACGCGGGGCGGCUGGCCCGGGGCGGGGGCCUGGGCUCCCCGGGCGAGGGGGGCGCCCUGCCGCGCUGCCGCCCGCUGCAGUUCGCGUCGCAGAAGGAGGUGGUGCUGUACGCGCACUUCCGCCGCCUGGACUACUUCUCCGAGGAGUGCGUCUACGCGCCCGAGGCCUUCCGCGGCCACGCCCGGGACCUGCUCAAGCGCCUGGAGGCGGCGCGGCCGUCGGCGGUGCUGGACCUCGUGCACUCCGCCGAGCGCCUGGCGCUGGCCGCGUCCGCUCGGCCCCCGCGCCCCGGCGCCUGCUCCCGCUGCGGGGCUCUGGCCAGCCGCGCGCUCUGCCAGGCCUGCGCGCUCCUGGACGGCCUGAACCGCGGCCGGCCCCGCCUGGCCAUCGGCAAGGGCCGCCGGGGGCUGGACGAGCAGGCGACGCCGGGGACGCCCGGGGAUCCGGCCCAGACAAAAACAAUCCGAUGA